GACGAACUGGACAGGAUUAUAGACUACGAGGACACGGUUCAAGAUUUCAUGAAAGAUCUGCCACUACCAGAGAAUCCAAAUGUCGGAGCGAACGGGGGACCUCAACGGGAGACUCGCGAUGAGGAUCAAGAAAUCCAGAUCAAACGCAAAAGGAAUCCAAUACCAAAACUAGACGAGGACCGGUUGUUGUCGGAUGCGGGUAUUCCAAAGCUACGCAAGAUUGCAAAGACAAGGCUCAAGUUCCGCGGCAAGGGCCAUGAAUUCUCCGAUAUGUCGAGACUGCUCAACACAUAUCAAAUCUGGCUAGACGAUUUGUAUCCUCGAGCCAAGUUUCGCGAUGCUCUCACAAUGGUAGAGAAGGUCGGACAUUCGAAAAGAAUGCAGAUCACAAGAAGAGCGUGGCUCGACGAGACAAAACCA